CAGCCCGUCACGCGGCGGCGCAGUCACAGCUCAGAGCAGCCGGCGAGCGGCAGCAGCUCCGGGCUCGGGAGCCCGCGCCCAUGCCAGUGCCCAUGCGGGGCCGCCGCCAGUGACGCCGGAGAGGUGUUUCCCUGCACACUGGGACUCCCACUACUGCAAAGAGUGACCCACGAAGGCCACAGCGAUGGCCGGGGCUUCGGUGAAGGUGGCGGUGCGGGUCCGCCCCUUCAAUUCCCGGGAAAUGAGCCGCGACUCCAAGUGCAUCAUUCAGAUGUCUGGAAGCACCACCACCAUCGUUAAUCCCAAACAGCCCAAGGAGACGCCCAAAAGCUUCAGCUUUGACUACUCCUACUGGUCGCACACCUCGCCCGAGGACAUCAACUAUGCAUCGCAGAAGCAGGUGUACCGGGACAUUGGCGAGGAGAUGCUGCAGCACGCCUUUGAGGGGUACAACGUGUGCAUCUUCGCCUACGGGCAGACGGGUGCCGGCAAGUCCUACACCAUGAUGGGCAAGCAGGAGAAAGACCAGCAGGGCAUCAUCCCGCAGCUCUGCGAGGACCUCUUCUCUCGGAUCAACGAUACGACCAAUGACAACAUGUCCUACUCGGUGGAGGUCAGCUACAUGGAGAUUUACUGUGAGCGUGUCCGUGACCUCCUGAACCCCAAGAACAAGGGCAACCUUCGCGUGAGGGAGCACCCACUGCUGGGGCCCUAUGUUGAGGACCUCUCCAAGCUGGCUGUCACCUCCUACAAUGACAUCCAGGACCUCAUGGACUCAGGGAACAAGGCCAGGACCGUGGCGGCCACCAACAUGAAUGAGACCAGCAGCCGCUCCCACGCUGUCUUCAACAUCAUUUUCACCCAGAAGCGCCAUGAUGCAGAGACCAACAUCACCACAGAGAAGGUGAGCAAAAUCAGCCUGGUGGACCUGGCUGGGAGCGAGCGGGCCGACUCCACGGGAGCCAAGGGCACACGCCUCAAGGAGGGCGCCAACAUCAACAAGUCGCUGACCACCCUAGGCAAGGUCAUCUCCGCCCUGGCUGAAAUGGACUCCGGACCCAACAAGAACAAGAAAAAGAAGAAGACAGAUUUCAUUCCGUACCGAGAUUCCGUGUUGACCUGGCUCCUCCGGGAAAACCUGGGCGGUAACUCAAGGACAGCUAUGGUGGCAGCCCUGAGUCCUGCAGACAUCAACUACGACGAGACCCUCAGCACGCUGAGGUAUGCUGACCGGGCCAAGCAGAUCCGCUGCAAUGCUGUCAUCAAUGAGGACCCCAACAACAAGCUGAUCCGUGAGCUGAAGGAUGAGGUGACCCGGCUGCGGGACCUGCUGUACGCCCAGGGUCUUGGCGACAUCACCGACACCAACACUGUGCCUGGAGGACCCAAAUACGUGUCCGACCUUGAGAACAAUAACCUUAACCGUGGCGGGACGGUGAAUGAAGCCCCUGACCCUCUCUCCACAGUGACCAAUGCCCUGGUGGGUAUGAGCCCCUCAUCCUCGCUCUCAGCCCUGUCCAGCCGCGCAGCCUCCGUGUCCAGCCUCCACGAGCGCAUCUUGUUUGCCCCAGGCAGCGAGGAGGCCAUUGAAAGACUGAAGGAAACAGAGAAGAUCAUAGCUGAGCUCAACGAGACCUGGGAGGAGAAACUGCGGCGGACAGAAGCCAUCCGGAUGGAGAGGGAAGCCCUGCUGGCCGAGAUGGGUGUGGCCAUGAGGGAGGAUGGCGGCACCUUGGGCGUAUUCUCUCCCAAAAAGACACCACACCUCGUCAACCUGAACGAGGACCCGCUGAUGUCCGAGUGCCUCCUCUACUACAUCAAGGAUGGGAUCACCAGAGUGGGCAGGGAGGAUGGCGAGAGGCGGCAGGACAUCGUUCUGAGUGGGCAUUUCAUCAAGGAGGAGCACUGUGUCUUCCGGAGCGACUCCAGGGGAGGCAGUGAAGCUGUGGUGACCUUGGAGCCCUGUGAGGGGGCAGACACCUACGUCAACGGCAAGAAAGUCACAGAGCCCAGCAUCCUGCGGUCAGGAAACCGCAUCAUCAUGGGUAAGAGCCACGUGUUCCGGUUCAACCACCCCGAGCAGGCCCGGCAGGAGCGUGAGCGCACGCCCUGUGCGGAGACGCCAGCUGAGCCUGUGGACUGGGCCUUUGCCCAGCGUGAGCUGCUGGAGAAGCAGGGCAUCGACAUGAAGCAGGAGAUGGAACAGAGGCUCCAGGAACUGGAGGACCAGUACCGCCGCGAGCGGGAGGAGGCCACUUACCUGCUGGAGCAGCAGCGGCUGGACUACGAGAGCAAGCUGGAGGCUCUGCAGAAGCAGAUGGACUCCAGGUACUACCCGGAGGUGAACGAGGAGGAGGAGGAGCCCGAGGAUGAAGUCCAGUGGACGGAGCGGGAGUGUGAGCUGGCACUCUGGGCCUUCCGGAAGUGGAAGUGGUACCAGUUUACGUCUCUGCGGGACCUGCUGUGGGGCAACGCCAUCUUCCUCAAGGAGGCCAAUGCCAUCAGCGUGGAGCUGAAAAAGAAGGUACAAUUCCAGUUUGUCCUCCUGACGGACACACUCUACUCCCCUCUGCCACCCGACCUGCUGCCCCCAGAGGCCGCCAAAGACCGAGAGACGCGGCCCUUCCCACGCACUAUUGUGGCCGUGGAGGUCCAGGACCAGAAGAACGGGGCCACCCACUACUGGACGCUGGAGAAGCUCAGGCAGCGCCUGGACCUGAUGCGGGAGAUGUACGACCGCGCUGCAGAGGUGCCCUCCAGUGUCAUCGAGGACUGUGACAACGUGGUGACCGGCGGAGACCCCUUCUAUGACCGCUUCCCCUGGUUCCGGCUGGUGGGCAGUUCAGCCAUCUCUGGCUGCAACAGCUACCCUCUUCUGAACACAUGCAUGAGCGAGCGCAUGGCUGCUCUCACCCCCUCCCCCACCUUCUCGAGCCCCGACUCCGACGCCACCGAGCCUGCCGAGGAGCAGAGCGUGGGGGAGGAGGAGGAGGAGGAGGAGGAGGAGGAGGAGGAGGAGGAGGACCUGGAGGACGACGUCUUUCCGGAGCACGAGCUGUGCGACGGCCGGGACCCGUUUUACGACCGGCCCCCCCUGUUCAGUUUAGUAGGAAGGGCCUUCGUGUACCUGAGCAACCUGCUGUACCCCGUUCCCCUGGUGCACCGUGUGGCCAUCGUCAGCGAGAAGGGCGAGGUGAAGGGCUUCCUCCGUGUGGCCGUCCAGGCCAUCUCAGCCGAUGAAGAGGCCCCCGAUUAUGGCUCUGGCGUCCGCCAGUCGGGAACUGCUAAAAUCUCCUUUGACGACCAGCAUUUUGAAAAGUUCCAGUCUGAGUCUUGCCCCGUGGUGGGGAUGUCCCGCUCGGGAACCUCCCAGGAAGAGCUUCGCAUCGUGGAGGGCCAGGGCCAGGGCGCAGACGUGGGGCCCUCAGCCGACGAAGUCAACAACAACACCUGUUCAGCAGCGGUGCCCCCAGAAGGCCUCCUCCUAGACAGCUCUGAGAAAGCCGCCCUGGACGGGCCCCUGGACACUGCCCUGGACCACCUCCGCCUGGGCAGUACCUUCACCUUCCGUGUGACAGUCCUGCAGGCGUCCAGCAUCUCUGCCGAAUACGCUGACAUCUUCUGCCAGUUCAACUUCAUCCACCGCCACGAUGAGGCCUUCUCCACGGAGCCCCUGAAGAACACAGGCAGAGGCCCCCCACUCGGCUUCUACCAUGUCCAGAACAUCGCAGUGGAGGUGACCAAGUCCUUCAUUGAGUACAUCAAGAGCCAGCCCAUUGUGUUCGAGGUUUUCGGCCACUACCAGCAGCACCCGUUCCCGCCCCUCUGCAAGGACGUGCUCAGCCCCCUGAGGCCCUCGCGCCGCCACUUCCCUCGGGUCAUGCCACUGUCCAAGCCAGUACCCGCCACCAAGCUCAGCACACUGACGCGGCCCUGUCCGGGGCCCUGCCACUGCAAGUACGACCUGCUGGUCUACUUCGAGAUCUGUGAGCUGGAGGCCAAUGGCGAUUACAUCCCAGCCGUGGUGGACCACCGUGGGGGCAUGCCAUGCAUGGGGACCUUCCUCCUCCACCAGGGCAUCCAGCGACGGAUAACAGUGACACUGCUGCACGAGACAGGCAGCCAUAUCCGCUGGAAGGAAGUGCGCGAGCUGGUCGUGGGCCGCAUCCGAAACACUCCAGAGACUGACGAGUCCCUGAUCGACCCCAACAUCUUGUCUCUCAAUAUCCUCUCUUCCGGAUACAUUCACCCAGCCCAAGAUGACCGGCAGUUUCUUGAUUCGGACAUACCUAGCGUUUCAUUGGGAAAUGACACUAGGACCUUUUACCAAUUUGAGGCUGCGUGGGACAGCUCCAUGCACAACUCUCUCCUGCUGAACCGGGUCACCCCUUACCGAGAGAAAAUCUACAUGACGCUCUCUGCUUAUAUCGAGAUGGAGAACUGCACCCAGCCAGCCGUCAUCACCAAGGACUUCUGCAUGGUCUUCUAUUCCCGCGACGCCAAGCUGCCAGCCUCACGCUCCAUACGCAACCUCUUUGGCAGUGGGAGCCUUCGGGCCUCGGAGAGUAACCGUGUGACCGGCGUGUAUGAGCUCAGCCUGUGCCACGUGGCUGACGCGGGCAGCCCAGGGAUGCAGCGCCGGCGCCGGCGAGUCCUGGACACAUCCGUGGCCUACGUCCGGGGCGAGGAGAACCUGGCGGGCUGGAGGCCCCGGAGCGACAGUCUCAUUCUGGACCACCAGUGGGAGCUGGAGAAGCUGAGCCUCCUGCAGGAGGUGGAGAAGACCAGGCACUACCUGCUCCUGCGGGAGAAGCUGGAGACCACCCAGCGGCCUGUCCCGGAGGCACUGUCCCCGGCCUUCAGCGAGGACUCUGAGUCCCACGGCUCCUCCAGCGCCUCCUCUCCACUCUCGACUGAGGGCCGCCCAUCACCUCUGGAGGCUCCCAACGAGAGACAGCGGGAGCUGGCUGUCAAGUGCUUGCGCCUGCUCACGCACACGUUCAACAGAGAGUACACACACAGCCACGUCUGCGUCAGUGCCAGCGAGAGCAAGCUCUCUGAGAUGUCUGUCACCCUGCUCCGGGACCCGUCGAUGUCCCCUCUAGGGGCAGCCACUCUCACCCCCUCCUCCACUUGCCCCUCUCUGGUUGAAGGGCGGUACGGUGCCACUGACCUGAGGACCCCACAGCCCUGCUCCCGACCAGCCAGCCCAGAGCCUGAGCUGCUGCCAGAGGCCGACUCCAAGAAGCUCCCUUCCCCUGCCCGGGCAGCGGAGGCAGACAAGGAGCCCCAGCGCCUGCUGGUCCCUGACAUCCAGGAGAUCCGAGUCAGCCCGAUCGUCUCCAAGAAGGGUUACCUGCACUUCCUGGAGCCACACACGUCGGGCUGGGCCAGGCGCUUCGUGGUGGUGCGGCGCCCCUACGCUUACAUGUACAACAGCGACAAGGACACCGUGGAGCGGUUCGUGCUCAACCUGGCCACCGCCCAGGUGGAGUACAGCGAAGACCAGCAGGCUAUGCUCAAGACACCCAACACGUUCGCGGUGUGCACGGAACACCGUGGCAUCCUGCUGCAGGCCGCCAGUGACAAGGACAUGCACGACUGGCUGUAUGCCUUCAACCCCCUCCUGGCCGGAACCAUACGGUCCAAGCUCUCCAGAAGGAGGUCUGCCCAGAUGCGGGUCUGAACCCGAGCCCUCCCAUGACAGCCGGCAAGCCCAGCCCAUCCCCACCCUUGUCCUCGUCUGUCCUGUCACCUGCCACCCGGCCCCUCUCCUGCCAGACAGCCCACGACCGGGUCGACCCCCCAGGGGACACCCAUGCCAGGCCCGGGGACCUGUGCCACACGACCAGCUGUGCUCCCAGCAGAGGCCGCGCGUGUCGGUUCUUCUUGCGUAAUGUGCUCUGGUGGAACAAGCUGGGAGGGGCUGGGGGGGGGCCAAGGGCACAGGUCACGGGGUUCUUGCUGCCGUUCUAAUAUUUUUUUAAGCAUAGACAGACUUAUAAUUAAUAUACGUUAGUUAGUGACAUUGAAACGGUCAACUCGGAAAUUAACUAUAAGACUUGUUCUAUUUAUAAGUAUUUAUUUCUAAUGCCUCCACAUAGCCCUGUAAUAUUCAGAUGGAACCCCCAAACACCUCCACCCCGUUUGUUCCCACGUGUGUCUCCCAAACCUGCUAGGGACAGGCAGGGCAGGGCAGGGACACCUUGGAAGUCCACAGUGAGGAGCUGUCUGGACCAGUGGGGCACUUUGGGGCUAGCACACGGGUGCAUCACCUGGGCCCCAGGCUUCUCCACAGCCACAUGGGUCCUGGGUGUAUGUGAGGGAGGGUGGGGGGUCUUCUGGUGCCUGAAGUCUGAGCGGCAUGGAGGGUGGUGUGAGUUCCUCUGGUGGGAGGUAGAACGCACAUCUCUUCUGGGCAACCACCUGAGAUGUGACUCUAAGAAGAGUUCCGGCAGCUUCCCCCGGGAAAGGGUUUGGGGUGACACUCAGCUCUGGCUCUGAGAUGAGGCAGACGGCACCCGGGCUGUGAUCUGUCCUGGGUGGGGACCGGGAGGGAGCAGGGUCGGGAUCACCCGCCAGUGUGCAGACUAUGGGGCUGUGUGCUGUCCGCGGGCCAUCAGGGUAGGGUGAUGGGUUGAGACCAGGAUGUCAGGGAAGGUCGGAAUUCAGGGUGACGGUCUAGGUGUUGAGGGCUGUGGUGCAGCCUCUUCAGCUGCGGUAAGAAAUGGAGUGAGCUCAAGGUAGCUUCUGGGAAGAAAUUUUGCCACUAGCAGGUUCCUUACAAAGACUUUCCUCUCUUUGUUCCCAGGGCAGAGUUUCUGUGAGUCCCACUGAGAAAAUCCAUGGGGUGGGGUGUCCCGAUCGGUGGGUAACGGAGGGCGGCUGGCUCAGCGGUUACUAUCUUUAAGGAGCUCUUCCCUUCUGCAUCUGGAGUGUCCCUUUGUUCUUGUCCCAUUUCACCCCCUCUACAGACACCAGUGUCCCAGGGCCACCCAGGACAGCACGGGGGCCAGUCCCAAGCUGAGAGUCUGUUCAUAGGAGUCAUGUCCAGGGGCCUAGGGAGGUUUUAGGGCCCUCCCCACCUACACCCAGAGGUCGAUUUGGUCUCUUUUUAGCUCAAGGAAAGACAGUAGCCAAGCAACAGAGCCCCUCCUCCGCCAUGGCCCACGGGAGCAGUUACAUCGGGUCUGGUGCUCCAAUGGCCCGUGGGAGCAGUUACGUCAGGUCUCACGCUCCAAUGGCCCAUGGGAGCAGUUAUGUCGGGUCUUGCGCUCCAAUGGCCCACGGGAGCAGUUACGUCGGGUCUCGCGCUCCAAUGGCCCACGGGAGCAGUUACGUCGGGUCUCGCACUCCAGACCUAGGGCCAGGUGUUCUGGCAUCGCCCAGCACUUUCACCAGAUCUGCUUCCUGGAGUGGGGGAGACGCUGCACCCCACUGGCUCCGAGGCUCCUACCCUCCCAGGCUGUCCCCCGUGAUGAUGACAUGAGCCUCAGAGACCCCGAUCCCAUGCCUGGGGAGAGACAGCAGCUCGGGAGUGGGGGAGCAUGGGCCUUCUACACCACAUGGGAAGGUUCUGGUGUGAGAUUUUCCUCUGGGAAGGUUGUUUGGGCCCCUGAAGUUCCACCUCGGAGAGUGGGGUGCAGGGCAGGCGGGCCGGGGCCCACGCUGGCUGCAGUCUCUGUGGCUGCCUGCCUGGGACAGCCUGUUUCGUACCUGGGCUCAGGUGCAGUGUGGCCACCACCGCCCUCAUCCCCUACCUGGGAGGCUCUCCCAGGGGCUAAUGGGGGGUUUCUGUGAGGGAGAAUCAGGGCUCAGGAAGCCACGCCUGGGAAGGCAGGACAUAGGACACAGCAGUUUUCUUUGCAAAUCUCCCAGGUGAGUGAGGAUUUACAUCCCAGAAUAAAAUUCAGAAGCCAGGUGGGCUGUGCUCCCCAUGGGUGUCCUCUGGAGGCAGUGGGCCAAGACGCAGAGAGGAGAGAAUGCAGAACAGCUUCUUGCAGAAGCGCCCGCUCCGGCAUCCAGGGCUGCCUGGAGGCAGGAAGGAGAGGCAGGGGCAGAACACGCUGGUCUGAGAUGAGUCAGAGCCCCACGGGCCCCAGGCAGGCUAGAGGAGGUGCAGGCCCUGCCACGGCCCACUCAGGUCAGCCAGCCUGAGGCUGCGGCCUCCAAAGGGUCUGGGUGCCCCCCAGGUCGCAGGUGUCUGAGGCCAGCCAACCUGCAGAGCACUUGCGGCAUAGGUGGGCUGAGGGGAGGAGCCUGGGAGCUGCCUAAAUUCAGAAGCCUCCACUGCCAUGGAGGCUGCCUGGCUGUGUCCUCUCGGCCAGGUGCCGUCUUGGCCUUGGCUAGGACCCAGGGCCACGCCGCAGCCCUCGUCAACUCCCUCCUUCCAGGCCUGCUCUAAUGAGGAGUGCCUGAGCCAGGGCCCAGAAACCCAGAGCUGAUGGUGAGAGGAGGUCGCCUGAGUCAGGAAACCUGGCUUUUUGAAGUUCUCUCUGCCAGAAACCACCUAGGGAUCACGUUAGCUGAGUUCCUUGAGCUCCCUAAGACUCAGUUUCCACAUCUGUGAGGUGGAGGGCUGGUGUGGAGGUGCUCACGGGGUGCAGUGAUCAGGAGACAGUCAGGCCCAGCGUGGCUGCUGGUUCCUGCUAAGUGGGGAAGGUGAGAUCUGGAAAGCCGCUUCCCUCAGACAGCUUCAUUUAAUGCUUUAUGCUGCCGAGUCUGGGGGCUUGUUUUGGUUUGGGGGCAGCCAUCCUCCACCAGAAAGGGGGAGCUCCUUCUGCUGUGGCUCCAGAUAGAGGGGGAUGCCGGGCUCCAGGCCGACCAGCACUCGGGCUCUGAUGAGACCCGGCAAGUACCCAGGGGUGCCAAGUCCAAGGCCUCCCACUGAGAGUCAGCCCUUGGAAGAUGCCAAUAUUUCAUUCACCGGUUGCACAGGCACAAACUCCCCCACCCAGGACGGCUGUGAUGAGGUGGCCCUCCCUGUUAACCCUGGUCCCUGCAGUCCCCUGCGCCUGGGGCCCUGGUGGGACUGAUGUCACGGGUGUUUGCUGUGCUGCUGCACUGGUCCUAUGCCAGCCUCCCCCGUGUGGGGACCACGGAAGGCGCACUCCCUCACCCCUGGGGCCGGGCCGUGCAGCCCCCCAGAUGGACAGCAGCUGUGGUGACCUGCGUUUCUCCCUGGGCCUGUGCUUCCUGUAGUUAGUCCGUCCCCUGGUUCCCCUGUGGCUCAGAGGCCGCGUCCCUGGCUUGUACAUAUGUGAUUGCUGUGGGCACACCCCAGACCCCAUAUCAUAGCUGCCGUCCCGACGUCACGACGCUCGUCCCGAUGUCUUACACCCGAGUGUUAGCCUUAGGUUCCUGUACUGUGUGUGCACUUGAGGCUCUGUCCAAUUAAGAAAUAAACGUGGCUCUUACCGACACUCC